AUGGUUUUGGGCACAUCGGGCCGGUCGAGGGUUACCCCGUACCUGAUAUAUCUCGUGUUUGUUGUUACGCUUGGUCCACUUCAAUUUGGCUUCCACCUGGCAGAGCUCAAUGCCCCCAAAGACGUGAUAACAUGCGAACGUAAAGGACUUCAUUCUUCGGAUAUCAAUUUCCAUGGUCUACCGCAAUGCUUCCCUAUGACCCCAUCGCAAUUCGGCCUCGUCUCUUCGAUCUACACCUUAGGUGGCUUGCUUGGAGCCCUGCUGGCAGGACCCAUCGCGACCAAAUACGGACGCCUUCUUGCAUUACGAGCGACCACGGUGUUUUUUAUUCUAGGGCCUGUGGCAGAGACACUUGCGCCCGUGAUUCCCAUCUUGAGUCUUGGUAGAUUCCUCUCUGGAAUUGGCUCUGGUGCUGCAAUCGUAGUUGGUCCUAUCUACGUUUCGGAAGUUGCUCCUCCCAGUGCUCGUGGUCUCUUCGGUGCCUUCACCCAGAUUAUGACCAAUGUUGGUAUUCUGUUGACACAAUCUCUGGGAUACUUCUGGAGCGAUGCAAGCUUCUGGAGACUCAUACUAGCUGUGGCCGGAAUUAUCGGGGCCCUGGAGCUUUUGGGACUGUUUCUGGUACCAGAAAGUCCUGCAUGGCUUGCAGAACAUCAAAAGACCAGUCAGGCACGCCGGGUCCUGCAGCGCAUCCGCGGUCCAGAUGCCGACAUUGAAGCGGAGAUUGCGAGCUGGAGGACCUCAGACGCCCCUGCAUCUGGCGAGGAAGAAUCCUUGCUGUCUUCCUCUCCCGGCGACACCCCGCCUCAGAAGCAUAUAGUCACGUUUAUGGAUGUUGUCAAAGAUCCCUACUAUCGCCCCGCUAUUAUUGCCGUGGUUGGUGUGAUGGUUGCCCAGCAACUCACCGGAAUGAACAGCAUUGUUAUGUACAGCGUGUCUUUACUACAAAGCAUCUUACCAACGACUGCUGCAUUACUCACGGUGAUGAUAUCUAUCAUUAAUCUCGUGGUCACGUUGGCGUGCUCUCCACUGCCCGAUCGCAUUGGCCGAAAAACGUGCCUAAUGUUGAGCAUCUGCGGCAUGGGCUGCAGUUCUAUACUUCUCGCGAUAAGUAUCUACAUGAACGCUAAGGUAUUGACGGCUAUCGCUGCCUUACUUUUUGUGGCAUGUUUUGCGAUCGGACUGGGCCCGGUCCCCUUCAUCCUCGCGUCCGAGCUUGUUGGGCCCGAGGCUGUCGGUGCGGCACAGAGCUGGGCGCUGGGCGCCAACUGGAUUGCAACCUUUAUGGUGGCACAAUUCUUCCCAGUACUCGAUGAUGCUCUCGGUGGUCGUGGAAAGGUAUACUGGGUGUUUGCGGCUAUGGCUGGGUUGUUUGGUGGCUUCAUCUAUCGAUAUGUGCCGGAGACCAAGGGCAAAGCUCAUGCGGACGAGGUUUGGGGACGCACAGACCGACGACAAGACUGA